AUGGAGCGGGUGUGGAGACGCGUACAGGGUGCCGGGCGUCGCGGUGCCGCCGCGGCCCGUUGCGGCUGUCCCGUACAGCCGUGUCAGCUGCACGUGGACCAACGCGCGAAGCGCGGCGGUGGCGGCCGCAAAUCCCGUGGCGGCGGACCUCAGACUAUCGUCUGCGGCUGCCAGGUACAGCCGUGUCCGGUGCAUCCGGUGCUCAUCAGGAUCCGCCGUACGCGACCGGCCGCCGCUUCCGCCACCGCGGCCGCGGCCGUCAUCAGCUGCGACUGUCCGCCGGACUCGCAACCCUGUCCGCAUGUACAGCGAGGAUCGGCUGCGCGAAGAAUCAGAAGAUCCGAAUGCAACGAUCGUUCCUGCCGGCAUACAUCCUGCGGCGCCGGCACUCGUCGCCGAGCGGUCGCGCAAUCCUCAUCCUCCCCCGUUUCCUCGCAGCUGAAGCUGCAACAAGCACAGCAGCAGCCGUGCGAAUGCACCGACGAGAGAUCAAACUGCUCCCACACAGGCGGCGGCGAGGCGCCAUGCGAGUGCGAGUGUGGCGAGGAGGCGAAGCCGUGCCCGCACACGGCCAAAACGCGCAGCGUGCGUCGCACGUGCACGGACUGCAGCUGUACUCAGCCGUGCGGUCAUAAACCGCAAUCCGAGGGCCGUAUCAAGCGGGUCAAGUGCCGCGUGAGACGCGCCGGCUGCGCGAUGGCCCGCUGCACCGCCGAGCUCGCGAUGCUGCAUUUGCACUGGGAGCUCGCCGCCGAAUGUGCGCCCUGUAGACCGCGCGCGCUCACGCGACGGCUCUGCAGGAGGCAGCAGAGCGACAACGAGCUCUACCGCAGCAACAGCUUCAAGUUCGAGCGUUUCGAGCGAACCAAAGACGAGUGUGUUACGCCGCUUCACAAGCAGGUAUCGCUCUGCGACGAUUAUAGUUUACCCGUCGAUUUUGUAAACAAGAGACGUCCUGCCAGUGCCGCGGCAGCAACUUCCACAGUGCAAUGGGCGCUGCCAAGUCCGACUGUAGAAAAUGCGGAAGUCGAGAUUGUGGAACAAUACAGCGACCCUAGAGACAGCAAGAGCAAAGCGUAUGUCGAGCCGGGAGCGGAGUCGUCUUUGCCGACGAUUUACAGCAGAGCAAAUCGCAACUACUGUCGACCUUACACAGAUCCGUCAGCAUCUGGUUCAUCCUGCGAGGACGACGAAGAACUCAUUAACGUGAGAAAACGGAAGAAUAGUGUCUACGCUUCCUCUUCGACUCGCGCUCCGUCGGCGGAUCGAGAUACUUUAACAUCGACCGACGGCUUGCUUGUUGACUGCGUUGCUCUAGUACAUCUUACUGAUCAAUCUCCGACUGAAUCUAGCCAACCAGUGCGUCAUCCGUCGCCGUAUUACUACGGCGAUCUCUUCAAGGUACCGGAACAACUACCCAAGUCACAGCCGAACAAGUACCGGAAAAGUGUCAGCCUCGAUGUACCGGGUGAGCGUUCACGUACACCCGGUAUACCGAAGAGAAACUCGGUAGCGGGUGAUGGCGGUUCCUAUUCGUCGCAACCACGGCAUUAUCAGCAACAACAGCAGCCGCCACCACCGCCGCCGCCACCGCCGCACUAUCGGAGCCAGGAUCAUCUGGUGAGCCCCACAUCGGGGAACGAGCAUGCUGCCCCAGUCAGAAGCGAGAUCCUCUCGUCGUGUAUCAUCACCGAGUGGGAUCACACCCUCAUGCCACCUCAUAGACUACUGAGCCAUGAUUUGCCCACCGCCGUUUGCACGUGCGUCGCAUCGCCCGAGGAGGAGGAGGAUGAGCUAGAACGACGGCAGCCGCAAGUGACGCGGCAUCAGGUGCGCAAACUACGACGUACACGGAGGAUAGAUCCGCAGCCGAUACUCGUCGAGGACGAGGACGACGUGGAGGGUGAGGACGAGGGGGAAGAGGAGGAGGAAGAGGACGCGGAGCUCGAGGACGAGGACGAGGAAGGAAUGGCCAGACAACGUCAUCUCUACGAAACGGCCUUCGAUUGCAAGGUCAAUCGAUCCGACGAUGAUCUCGACGAUCUCGAUCGCAUAACCAAUCAUGCGGUACUGCACUCUCAGAUACGGAGUGGUAGCGCUGCGCUCGCGAGCAGAACAAGUUCGUCAACAGACACAUCGAAACAGCAGCAUGUGCAACCAGUUCCUUAUACCGGCCAGUCGCAACCAAGCAAGGACCAUCGACGCAAAGUCGUACUUCUCCGCCCAAAACCGAUUCCGAGCCGCUUACAGCAGCAGCAACAGCAACAACAACAGCAGCAGCAGCAACAGCAAUCAGACAAUAUAUCCACUCUGUCCCAGGAUAUCGAGUCCCUCCAAAUUAAUUCGAGCGAUGAAAAAACGGGAUCGCCGAGAUUACCGGCGCGCGAUUAUACGCCAUCGCCACCAUCAACCGCGCCCCUACCUGCAAAAUUUCACGGGAAUCGAGAUCACUUGCUGCUAAACAUUCGCAGCGCGCCCAAUCUCCCAUCGCAGCCAGAUCAUCCUCGCUUGAAGGACAUGCGAUUGCCGGUGAAAUCAUCAUUGCGUGCUAAAGACUCGCCACAAAGCAGCGAGGGUAGCAUUCUCGAGAUCAAGAGUCGGCCAAAAACCUUCGUUCAAGAGAACAUCGACUCUUCGCAGGGUCGUCGAUUCGACAAGGAGCUUAUUUUGGAGUUUAAAGAUAGGCCCCGGGAAGAACGGCAACGGCCACGCAGUCUGAUUCGCGAGAGCAGACCGAUAAUGGAGUUCAAGGGCAGGCCUCAUGAAGCGGAGAGCGAUCUUGCGCGACCAGCGCGACGAGACGCCGGUCUCUUGGAGUUCAAACUGCGCACAUCGCGACGCCGGAUCGGCUACUCGAGCACCGAGAGUAUGGCGACCAGCAGUAGCGGCGGCAGCAUGGAGUCCAUCAGGAGCAGUACCAGCGAGGGCAAUCGGUCGACCAGUAGCUCCGACAGUCGACACAGCACUAGGUCUUUGAGUUCCCACAGCUCGGAUAGCGGCGGCAGCAAUUGCUACCAUCAUCAUCAACAUCAACCGUCGCUGUCGGGCUUUCUGACCCAUCACGCCACCAAGUUGCACAUUCUCUCGCCAAUCUCCGACAAAUCGUCGCAAGAACCGGCCUCGGAGACUUCCGAUAACAAUCGCAACAAUAAUUCGCAAAAAGCCUCACCUGAGGAGAACGUCAUCACGGAGAAUAAUGUCACGACGGGUAAUAACUCGAACGCGGCCAAUACGAACGCGGUCACUUCGCCUAUGGACACAUCCUUCAAGAAACGGCGAACACCGCAGAAUAAAAAUCUCAUUAAUUUGGCACUACAGUCAUCGUCGUCGGGCGACGCGGAGAUCCAAGGAUCUGACAGUGGUAUUUCGAUCGAGUCCCGCGCGGGUAUCAAGUGCAAACCUUUCGGCUUCCACUUGUUGAAGCCACAGCUAGACAAUAUCAAUCUUGUCGACAACGAGCCGGAACUGUCGGACUUGCCCUUUGAUAUGCCAAAGCUUCGUAGAAGACGGUUGCUAAUGCAACAGGACGCUACUACAUCCGGAAGCGCAACCAGUGUAGAUCUGAGGGAUUUGCCCUUUGACAUGCCGAAACUCAGAAAGCGCCUCAGAUGUACUCAGAGCAUCGAAUCCAGCGCAUCUCAGGCGUCAUCCAGCCUUUCGGUACGCGACGUCGAGCCACCUCCUUUAUUUGGCGGCGGUCUGUCGCGCCCGAAGAUGACUCUGAAUCUAGACGCCGGUGGAAACGCGGCGGGGACGAGCUGCGGAAUUCCAUGCGGUGGUUUAUUGGCGCUGAAGAAACCUGGUGGCUUGAAUCUCGGUUUACCGCUGGAAAUCAGUACCGCUCGGAUAUCGGCCGAUCUGGUGGACGUGGAGCUUCCUUUGGAGAGACAAGGGUGGUAUCACGGCUCCAUCACGCGCAUCGAGGCGGAGGGUCUCUUGCGAGUUCAUCAGGAAGGAAGUUAUCUGGUGAGAAACAGCGAAUCGACUAAACAGGAUUAUUCUCUGUCUUUAAAGAGCGCUCGCGGUUUCAUGCAUAUGCGAAUCCAAAAGAAUGAAGAGUUAAACGCUUACAUCCUGGGACAGUUCAGCAAGCCUUUCGAGAAUAUACCGGAAAUGGUCCGUCAUUUUAGCGUAAAUCGUCUUCCGAUACGCGGUGCCGAGCACAUGUGUCUCCUGCAUCCAGUUAUAGUUCAGCUUUUGUAGCGCAUCUAUCGUAGCGCCAUUUAAGGUGCUGUACGUCUUUUGAUAAUCUGCUUUUUUUCUUGCCGAAACGCGUGAUUUGGCAAAUGAAUGACCUUGAUACAGUAAAAGGAAUAUGGGAAAAUAUUAUUUCUUUAUAAGAGAGUCUUUCGAGUUGUCCACAAAUGAUACGUGAUUGACUUCCUCCGAGAUUCUUCGUAUCAAUUUAUAUUUUGGUUGAGCGAAUCGAAUUUCGUGCUACGAAAAGCGCCAGAGAUAAUGGACAAUAAUGGCAUCGAACGAGAUAAACCGCUUUCGUCAUAAAAUGUUACAGGGGAAAGUACGAAAAGUACAAAAGUAUAAACAGUGACUGAGGGAAGCUACUUAACGGUACACAGUACGAUCGAUCAGGCGAGAAUGUUCGGGUUCGUGCAAUUUAUAGCGAGAGAAGUCGAUAUUAAAAUAUGCAUGAAGAUUCUCAAGUUCGCUCCGAAUAAAGCAAAACUUUUUCAUAACGUUACAUCAUCGUCUUUUCGAUAACAAUUUAAUUGUGCAUGCCUAUGCUCGAGUCCAAGCUUCCGUUUUACAAUAGAAUUAGAAUCGAUAAGGACGUAUCCGGAUUCGAAAAAAUUGGUGAACAUGCUUUGUCUUCCUCGAAAACAUCGCGCAAACCUACCUCAUAAACAGACGCAUCGCGGCACGUACGGACGAACUUUGACUUCAGGACCAUCAUAAUAGAAAAUCUCGAGAUGCGAUAUUAUCUGGUACAAAUAUAAAUUUGGCGCAGUGGUAAUAAGAUUCACGAAAGAUAAUGAAUUUGAGAUCAAGGAUUCGAAGAAGUAUACGCGAGAACGCCUUAUUCGAUUGAUUUUGUCAACUUAUUACAAAGGUUGUUCCUCAAGUCCGCGGUCACGUGGAUUCUACGAAAAAAACUAUUUAGAUGGGAUCAGAAACGCUACUUUACGGUAAUUUAAGUAAGAAAGGAAACGGGAAGUAAUGUACAUACUUAGGUUUAAUGGGGGAUGUAACGAGAGAAACGGCGUGAGCUGGAAGCUACAAUAAAGAUAAUCCUAAUAUCCACUCGAAGAAGAAAAGAUAUAAAAAGACGAGCACGCAGCGAGCGUGAGAAAAAUGCCAAACUUUAUUUCUAAUCGUAAUCGUUUAGUCAGGGUUUAGUUGUUCAUCGUCAUUGAUAAGUAAUUAAUUAGGUUUAGAUAAGCGAGGGUAAGUAAAUUACAAUAAUAAAUAGAAUCGGCAUCAAUUACGAGUAGUUGGAUGAGACAGUCGUUGUUUUAGCGAAAGUUCUGUGUAAUCUUCGUAAAAAAAAUCACGAGUCAAAAGUGAUAACGCGGUGAUGCGGAUAACGAUAUUGAACACGACUAAAGAAUAGAGGGAGAAAGAUGAUUGAAGUCAAUCUGAAUCAUCGGUGGCUCGUCAUCCGAGUCAUCCGUCCGACAGUCCUUAGCGACCUAUUGUCGCGGGAAAGUUUUGCGAUAGAAUGCAACUAAUACAUAUUUUUUCAUGUGAUAUUAAUUUGUUACAGAGAUAGCCUAGUUUCACCUGUGAUCUGUUAUUUAAUUUCCCAUGUUCGUGUCGCGCGGGCGCGCGCGACAACGAUAAUAAAUAAUUAAACUUGCUAUUGUAUUUACGUAGUCAGCAACGACGCGUUGGUCAGGCGCGAUGAUGAGAAGACGUCCGUGGUGUCACAAUAACUUUUCGGAUUAGGAAUUCGAUUCGCAAUGGUUGUGAACGAAUUUACGUUAGCUAUCACGAAAACAAGAAUUUUGCUUAAUAAUCUAGUGACGUAGGGAACUUGUACGACGAUCGGUAGCGAGUGCCAGCAUCGUGUAAGAAUAAUUGAUAGUCUCUUUCAAUCGUUUGACAAUUCUUGAUAUUAAUUAAAUGAUUAUUAGUUUCCUAAUUAAAGCAAUAUUUUAAAUUUAAUUAAAAUAUAUAUGAAUUACGCACGAGGCACUCUCUACUUUCGCGUCCGAUUAGGUUGAGUGUAAUUGGUACGUAUUUUAAGCUGCCAGUAUUAUUAACUGUAAUCGAUAAUGCAUAUCCAUGUUAACGUUUAAGACAUUAUAUUGUCCCCAUAGUCCCGCGCGAUUGACACAUUGAAACUAUAAUCCAUAUAUUUAUUUCAUAUUAUAUUUAUUGCAUUGGGUAUGAGAUAACGAUGAGGUUUCUGUACGCCGUUGAUUUAAUCGCAAAAUCAUAGAGCUAUAAUUCUAUGAUAUUCUAGAGAUUCCGUAAACGUAGACUAAUACUACUUAUCGAGAGGUAGUACGUAAAUUAUAUGGUAGACACUAACUUGUAGAUACUUCCUGUACCUUGAAAUUUGUAUGAAGUAGCAUUUAGAUAAUACCGUAUACAUAUAUAACAUAUAAAUAUAUAUAAAUAUAUAUAUAUAUAUAUAUAUAUAUAUAUAUAUUAUUAUAAAUAAAAUACUAGCACAUAGUAUCGCGUUUGUAGGGUAUAUAAUGUUAAGAUCGAGCAAUGCGGAGUGAGUCCAAUGAAUACCUUUGAGCGCUGUUUACGCCCUUUAAUAAACGUAAACGGAUCUCGGAUGGCGAUGUGCAAUAUUCUUACGCGAUCUUGCAGAACUGUGCAUUCGUAAAGUAUGAGCCAAUAUUUUUGUUCCAGCAAGCAGACCACGAAUGUUCCAAAUCGACUUUAUUAGAUAGUCUUGUGUACUCUGGAAAUUUCUCUUAAUUAAUAAUAAAAUGUUUAAUAACUCCAAUUUGGCAUCACACAUGUCAAUUGUUUCUACUUUUGUAAAAGUUUUACUAUUUCACGCUCUUAUAUAAUCCUUAAAAAAAAAAUAAUCUUUUUACAUGAGGAAAUAAAAAAAUUUUAUGUGUGAAAUUUUUAUAAAAUUCUACAAUCCGUAUCAUUCCAAAAAGAGUAUCUAAAAUUAUUAAUAUAUAAAUGAAUUAUAUAUAUGAAUUUUGAUCAUAUAAAUUUUUCU